CCUUUUGAGCGCAAAGACAUUUCCAUUUGUUAACAAAUAGAGUACUGCUCCUUACCCCUGGCCUCACAAUCUCCUCAGCUUUAGAAAUAUAUAUCUCUCCAGGAUUGCUGGAAGAGGUAAUUGUUUGGCCUACCUCAAAGAUUCAGAGUUCAGACAUACACAGUAUGCAGACUGCAGAGUGUACCUAUGCUUCUGUAUGGUCUCUGUUUAGAUGGAAGAAGAUAUCUUCGACUCAUCUCUGAAUCUAGAGGACACGCAUUACAAGCAAGGAUACUCUGAUGGUUACGCCGACGGUCUAGCCUCCGGCAUAGAGGGAGGCCGUGAGGUGGGCCUCAAAACCGGGUUUGAAGUCGGAUUUGAAUUGGGGUUCUACAGAGGCUGUAUCGACGCCUGGAUCUCUGCGAGUCGCCUUGAUCCUACUUGUUUCUCGCCUCGAGUGCAGAAAAACAUGGUGCAGAUGGAUGAAUUGGUGCGGAAGUACCCUAUAUCCACCCCGGAAAACGAGUGUGUUACUGAUAUCAUGGAGUCUUUGAGGAUGAAGUUCCGAGCUAUCUGUGCCACACUGAACGUGAAGUUGGAGUAUGAGGGUUACCCUAGGGCUUCCGGUUUUGAGAAUACUGGAUUUUGACGGGUGUAUAUUGUGGUUCUAAAUCAUUUUGUAGUUUAGUGCUUGUCUUUCUAGUUGAAUGUAAUAGUUAGAGCAUCUACAUCAGUGGAUAUUAUGGAGAUAAUGUCAGAUGAAUUAUCUCGGGUGGGGAUAAUAACAAGUGUGGAGUGGAGUUAUUGGUUGAAA